AUGCUUGUUAAGCGUGCAGAUUUCCUUGCCGCAAUAAAAAACUUAACGAAAUCCUUUGAGAAAAACUGUACGACUGCUCUGCACUGCUUAACGUGCCUUGAGGAUUUUAUACGUCCCGCUUUAAAGGUUGGUACCAAUUUGCUACAUAUAACCAUAAAGUUUGUGAUUGAGUCCGAACUUAAAACUAGGAAUAUAAAGAAACAAGAAGUUGAGUUACAUGUCAAAUCACUGGAACUUGAGUUGGAAGCCUUGCAUUCGAGCAUUGGUACUUUAGAAGAAGAGAUUAAAAGAGAAAAAUGUGUUUCGGGGGAAGCUGUUGUGAGGUGUCAGACAUUAGAAAACGAGAUUUCGAGAAUGAAACUGGAUUAUCAGCUUCAGAGAUCAGCUGGAAUUGAAGAGUUCAGAAUCAAUCAGGAUAAAGAACUGGCAGUGGCUGCUAGUAAAUUCACUGAGUGUCAAAAGACAAUUGCUUCUCUCAGUCGACAGCUAAAAUCUCUCGCGACAUUUGAUGAUUUCCUGAUAGACUCAGAGAGGCCAGUAUGACUCCUUUGAAAAAGCACAUUCGCAAUCUUCGUGUUAAAAUUGCAUUCCCGAGGAAAUUUCACCCAACAUUAUAUUACGAAGCUUGAGCUGUUAUUAACGGAUUGUUCGUGCCACUGAAGUUUUGUUGGAGUAAGAAGCUAUAUGUAAGAAUUGAGGGGGGAUUAUUAUUUUUUGUCUCGGAAACAGCCUAGUAUGUGUUUAGAUGUCAGAUUUGUAAUUAAACCUUCGAUUUCGUUAUUUGAAAUUAAAUUGCAGAAAAAGGAUAAUAAACUUACUAGGAUGAAACUUA